AAUGUAGGCAGGAUGUAAAAUUACUCUUCACUUAGCUUGUAGAAAGCUUUUAGACAAGGAUACUUUUUCUAAAUCAGACCCAUAAAUUUGGGUUUUCGGAAAACAAUUUCGUAAUAAUUGUUUAGAUCAGAAUUGGUCAUUACUUGGAAAGACUGAAAUAAUGAAAAAUAAUCUUAAUCCAACUUUCUAAACAUCAAUUAUUUUAGAUUAUAUUUUUGAAAUCAAAUAGCCACUUAGAUUUGAAGUAAGAGAUGUUGAUGGAGAAAAAUAUGAUGAUCUUGGUUUUGUUGAGUCUACUGUUGGUACAAUAUUUGGAUCUAGAAAUUAAACUUGUAUACUUAAUUUGAGUUUAGGAGGAAAACUUAUAACUAUGUGUGAAAAGAAUUAAGAUUUAAAUGAAUUAUACAUAAUGCAAAUAAAAGGAUCUAAUUUAAAAGGAUCUUGGUGUUCAUCUCCUAAUCCAAGUUUUAAAAUAUUUAAAUGCUCAAACAAUAAUGAAUUUUUUGCAUAUGAAUCAGAACAUGUACAUAAAACUUCAAAUCCAUUAUGGAAGACUUUUUAAAUGAAACAAUUUAAAAUUGGUGAUAAAUUUAAAAUAGAAGUUUAUGAUUCUAUCCAUAAAACUAUUGGAUCGAAUUAUUUAACAAUAGAUUAAUUAAAGAAAUAAUAAAAAGAUUAUUAAUUAAGUAAUAACGGUGGUUUACUUUAAUUUACUUAAUUUGAAACCAUUUUUAAAUUCACUUUUAUGGAUUAUAUAUAAGGAGGAACUUAACUCAAUCUCAGUAUAGCCAUAGAUUUCACUUAAAGUAAUGGAGACUAAGAUUAAUAUAAUAGUUUACACAAAAUCUAUUCUUAAAAUUAAUAUUCUUAGGCACUCACAAGUAUUGGAGAAAUAUUAUUGGCAUAUGAUUAUGAUCAAUAAGUUCCUUGUUAUGGUUUUGGUGCAAAAUUAAAUUUUCCUUAUUUAAAAUCAAAUACUGUAAGUCAUUGCUUUCCAUUAUCAGGAGAUCCUAAUAAUACAUAUGCUUAAGGACUUGAUGGAAUUCUUUAAAUGUAUUAAAGUGCUUUAAAUCAUUUAUUAUUUUCUGGCCCUACAUACUUUGGUCCAUUGAUUGUUGAAGCUAUGAAAUAGGCUACUAUUAUUAAAUAAUAAUAACUUAAUUAAUAUUUAGUAUUACUGAUAUUAACUGAUGGAGCUAUUCAUGAUAUGGAUCAAGUUGAAUAAUAUUUAGAAUAAGCAGCCUUUUUACCAAUUUCUAUUAUUAUUAUAGGAGUUGGUGAAGAUGACUUUACUUUAAUGAAGAGAUUAGAUGGAGAUUUACGUAUUAUUUUUAUUUAAUUAUAGCUGAUGGAGCAAUGAAAUAGUAAAUAAACAAAAGAGAUCUUGUGCAAUUUGUUCCAUUUAGAGAUUUUAAAAACUCAAUGUUAUUAGCUAAAGAGGUUCUAGAAGAAUUACCAGAUUAAUUAACUAAUUAUAUGGAAAUGCAAGGCAUUAAACCUGGAGCACCUCCAGUUCAUUAAAUGUAGGACUUUGGUAUGACAAUGCCUUAGCAAUAAUAAUAAAUUUAAUGAU